CCUAUCCCUUCUACACCGCGUUCCAUAUUCUUGAACCUCGUCGCAAGCAUCUACAAUGGGUGGCCACCUUGAUCCUAAGAACGGAGUGUGAGUUCUCCCUUAUCGUUGGCACUUGCACCGUAAUCCCUAGCUUUUCCGGGGUCGGCUAUCGUGCGGCCUUGUCUUCCACUUCUCGAGCCGUACUUCGCCCGACUACAUGAACUACGAAAGAAGACAUCUCAGGAAUAACGGCUAACAUCUGUCGAUAUAGUUUCCUCGGCACCUGGGGUGACCUCGGUAUGUCCUUAGAAUCUUUGCCCCGAGCCUAUUGCUGGAGAGAGUCCUAGGCGGGAACAAGUUUCGAUUGAGAGCAUGGCAUGCAUUAUUCGCGGAUGAUCAUGCUCCAAUUGACUGGGUUGUUCUUAAAGAUGACGCACACAAGCAAUGUCUUUCCGACAAGCCGACCAGGGUGGUUAACCUUUAUUCAAUUUAUAGGCUGCCCUACUCCCCAGCGUAUCACUUCCUACUCCAUUUCUCCUAACCGCCAGCGCCCUCUCGCUGGUGCUGCCCACGCCGCUAUCUUCAACACUUUCCGCAGAUUCCGUCACCAGAUCCUCUAUGUCGCUCCUCCCUUCAUUGCCGCCUAUGCCAUUAUGAACUGGGCUAUUGAGCGCAACGAGUACCUCAACUCCAAGCCUGGUCGCCUUCUUGAGGGUGGUGAUGAGUAAAUGUAACGUGCGAUACCAAGGGAUCAUCCCAAUG